AUGGCUUAUAAAACCUCCCAUGCAAGAUACUUGCUCUUUUCCUACCCAUUAGCUGAUUUGAAGAAGACUCCCAAGACUCAGAGGAUGGUGAAGCCUCAGGAAGCACCUGAUUCCCAGAAUAACUCUGUGAAGAGGCGCCAACUCCCUACAAAUCUGUAUCUGACUGUGACGAACCUUCCUCUCCACAGCUCUGCCUUUUCCUGGAGUAAUGUAGCUUUCCUGUUGCUGCUCUCCCUGUCUUUGGAUCAGACUUCUGCAUCGCUGGCCAACAAAAUCAAAGAGAAACCAGGAGUGUGCCCCAAAGAGAGGCUCACCUGUGAAAUUAAAGUUACAGAGUGGUGCAAAGUGGAUUUGGACUGCCGUGACCACCUGAAGUGCUGCUCUUUUGCCUGCGGAAAGAAGUGCAUGGAUCCAUACCAAGAACCCUGUAUGCUACCCUUAGACACAGGAGGCUGUGAAACUAUUGUGCAACACUGGUAUUUUGACAUUGAAAAUCAUCACUGCAGACCCUUUUUGUAUAAGGGCUGCUAUGGGAAUGCCAACAACUUCCUCAGCAGGGAUGACUGCAACAAGGCCUGCCUGUUAGUUGUCAAGGAAGGAGAGUGCCCAGGCUUCCCUUUCAAGGACCGUAUGGAGUGUCCAGAUUCAUGUAAGAGUGACAUUGAUUGCUCUGAGAAAGAAAAGUGUUGUGAAUCCAGGUGUGGCUUUGUUUGUGCUGACGCCUGGACGGUCAAAACAGGUUUCUGCCCACACAAGCCUUUGGUAUGUGCCAAGAUUGAGAAACCCAAGUGCCAGCGGGAUAGCGACUGCCCAUUGGCAGAGAAGUGUUGCUCACGUUGCGGAAUGAAGUGCUUGGAACCCAAAAAAUGA